ACCUUCAUACAGUGAGACUCUACUAUGCAUGCAUCGAAAACAAGGCUGUAUAAACUAAGCAAUUAAAUUAUAUAUAUACAAGAAUAUCCAAUUUUUUUAUUCGAUUCUAAUGAUCAGAAAAUAGAUAGGCCUAUAAAGAGAAAUUAGUGCUGAUCAGGUUCUUAGAGAGAGAGAGAGAGAUGGAAGUAGUAUGCAUAAAGUUUAUGCUUCCAUAUUUGCUCUUGAUAACUCUUCUUUCUCUUCAAGUCUCAUCAUAUGAUCCAUCAGAUUGCAGGUUAAACUUCACUUCGUAUCCAUACAAACCAAUAGGUGGAUGCAAUAACACCAACGAAAACCUCAAGGAGUGGAACAACAACACCUUCCCGAAAACGAGCUGCUGCCAAAACACCCUCCUCGUUUAUUCCCACGCCUUAGCUCUCGAAGCGCACAACAACCCAACCGGAAAUAUCUUCGUUGACCAAAGUCAAUGGAACCACUGCAUCGGACCAUUCCCGAUCCAGCCCGGCACGUCAGCUCAAAACUGCGGCCUCGGGAACUUCUUCUACGGAAGUAGCAAAUGCUCGACUCUUCAGAUUUCGAAUAUCGAUAGAAAAGUCGUUGAUCGUUGUUCUGGCUUUGGUUCUUCUUCGUUCGACGAUGCUUGUGGGAAUUGCGUUCUUACAAUGUCGGAAACGCUGGAUAGUAUGUUGAAGGAGUUCGGUGUUUUGGGAAAUGAUACGGAGAAAGCUAUUUGUCUUGUCGGUCUUGUUGUGUCGGUUAUAGCUGCGAAAAUAUUGAAUGGGAGUGAUUAUUUAUCUGGGAUUGAUGAUUUUGAUAGGUGUUUGCCUGCUUUGGCUGUUUCAGAAAAGGUAUACUACAUCAAACUUACCUAUGGUUUGGCCGAAGCUUUACUAGCAGUAGUCCUAGUGAUAAUCGCGCUAACCGCAAUCAUAGCCCUGAUAAAAUAUGUGACGAAGAAUCAAAAGGAAGGCAAGAAACCCCUCAAGUACAAAAACAUCGCAGCUAGAUUCUCUGGGCUCUACAGAUUCUCGUUAGCAGAAAUCGAGAAUGCAAUAAACUACAACAACGAAAAGAAGUACCUAGGGAGAGGCAGUGCGGGCCGAGUUUACAGGGGCGUUCUUCCUAGCGGACAGCUAGUGGCAAUCAAGCAAAUAUACAAGAGUAACACUUCCGAUUCUUUCACUAGAGAAAUCGAAGGUCUUUCCAGAGUUAGACAUCCGAAUCUUGUCUGUCUAUUCGGAUGCUGUAUUGAAGAUGGGGAACAGUAUUUAGUCUACGAGUAUUGCUCUAAUGGAAAUCUAGCUCAACAUCUCUUAAUGAACGACAAAGUUCUAACAUGGGAGUCGAGGGUGAAAAUACUGAGGGACUGUGCAUUUGCCCUCAAGUAUCUCCAUAAUCACGUAAACGGAUGCAUCGUUCAUCGAGAUAUUAAGGUGCAUAUAUAUAUACAUACAUGUCUAUAUAAGAGACAACCUCAUCUAACAAACUACGUAUUAUCGGUGAAUUUUGACAGUUUUUCUUUUUUUUUUUUUUUUGGUUCUUUGUGUGUUUUGUAGCUGACGAAUAUUCUAUUGGCUCAAAAUAUGGACCCAAAGCUUUCAGAUUUUGGACUGAUGAGAAUGUUGGGUAUGGAAGAGAGCAAAGUGUAUACAGAUGUUCGGGGGACAAUAGGUUAUAUGGAUCCAGAGUAUAUGAGCAAUGCAAAACUUACGAGUGCUAGUGAUAUUUACAGUUUCGGAAUUGUCAUUCUGCAACUUCUGUCCGGACAAAGAGUCAUUGAACUUGACCUAGAUGCCAGAGACCAGCUCACAAGAAAGGUACACCGUACCCCCCUAACCCCAUACACACGAACGCCAUUUUUUCUAAUAGUAUAGUAUUGUCGGCAGAGACAUAAAUACGCACAAAAAGACGCACACAUGGAGCACCUAGUUGAUGGUUAAUGCACAAACAAACACAGUUGGAGUAUGCAUAGGGUGAUGGGGGGCUAUGGCCCCCCUACACCGUUUUUUUUUUUUUUUUCUGAGCAGUUUAGUAUAGUUGGCCCUCCACAUACAUAGAUACAUGCAAAAUUACACACACACAGAGAGACACUCACCUAGUUGAUGGUGUAUUGAAUCUUGAGAAAACAAUGCAGGCAAAGGAUGUGAACAUGGGAAAACGGCCUCUGACGGAUUUUCAAGACCCGAAGAUGAAAGGAAACAUUGUGGACGUAGAUUUUGAGUCCAUAUUGCAAAUAGCGGUGCUCUGCGUAGCAAGUUCAAGUACAGGCCGUCCCACCAUAGAUUUGGUUUUCGAAGAGCUGGACAAGGCUUUGAAAAACACACGGCUGGAGAUGGUUAGUUUACUACUCAAGUUAAUACAUAUAUACACACACACGUACAUAAUACAUGUUUGAUUAGAAAUUCGAUUUUACUAAUGAUUUACGGUUUGGGGUUUUCCGCUUGCAGAAAGCAAGGAAGGAGAAGAGCUUAUUCGGCGCAUCACCGUCAAAAUCACCUGAAAGGAUGAGUGUGUAAUACAAUAAUACAUUGGAUGUUUCUCAAUCCUUUUUGAGAACUCCUUUGGACCUACUUGAGAUGUUUCAUACAAAAUAAUAGAGAAGAUCGAAAUGUACAAAUGAUGUAUGAUAUAAGAAAUACUUUAGUGCUAUAGAUUACUUGUAAUUUAAAGAAUAGGAAAAAGAGAAUAAAAGAAAAUGUCAUAUCAGACCAAAUAAAAAGAGAAUACAUUCAACCA